CGCGGCGGCGGCGGCGGCGGCGGCGGCGGUGCGGGCGGCGGGCGAGCGGGGGAAGAUGGCGGAGCUGGGCAAGAAGUACUGCGUGUACUGCCUGGCUGAGGUGAGCCCGCUGCGCUUCCGCUGCACCGAGUGCCAGGACAUCGAGCUGUGCCCCGAGUGCUUCUCGGCCGGCGCCGAGAUCGGUCACCACCGACGCUACCACGGCUACCAGCUGGUGGACGGUGGACGCUUCACUCUCUGGGGACCCGAGGCCGAGGGCGGCUGGACCAGCCGCGAGGAGCAGCUGCUUCUGGACGCCAUCGAGCAAUUCGGCUUCGGGAACUGGGAGGAUAUGGCCGCGCAUGUGGGCGCCUCACGGACCCCCCAGGAGGUGAUGGAGCACUAUGUGAGCAUGUACGUCCACGGGAACCUGGGCAAGGCCUGCAUCCCUGACACCAUCCCCAACCGCGUCACCGACCACACCUGCCCCAGCGGGGGCCCCCUAUCUCCCAGCCUCACCACGCCGCUGCCCCCGCUCGACAUCUCAGUGGCCGAACAGCAGCAGCUGGGCUACAUGCCGCUGCGGGAUGACUACGAGAUUGAGUAUGACCAGGACGCCGAGACGCUCAUCAGUGGGCUCUCGGUGAACUAUGAUGACGACGACGUAGAGAUCGAGCUGAAGCGCGCGCACGUGGACAUGUACGUGCGCAAGCUCAAGGAGCGGCAGCGACGCAAGAACAUCGCACGCGACUACAACCUGGUGCCUGCCUUCCUGGGCAAGGACAAGAAAGAGAAGGAGAAGGCGCUGAAGCGUAAGAUUCCCAAGGAGGAGAAGGAGCUGCGGCUGAAGCUGCGGCCGCUCUACCAGUUCAUGUCGUGCAAGGAGUUUGAUGACCUGUUUGAGAACAUGCACAAGGAGAAGAUGCUGCGCGCCAAGAUCCGCGAGCUGCAGCGCUACCGGCGCAACGGCAUCACCAAGAUGGAAGAGUCGGCCGAGUACGAGGCGGCACGGCACAAGCGGGAGCGGCGCAAGGAGAACCGGGGCCUGGCUGGCUCCAAGCGUGGCAAGGAGGACGGCAAGGACGGCGAGUUCGCGGCCAUUGAGCACCUACCCGGCUUCGAACUCCUGUCGGACCGCGAGAAGGUGCUGUGCAGCUCGCUGAACCUGAGCCCAGCGCGCUACGUGACCGUCAAGACCAUCAUCAUCAAGGACCACCUGCAGAAGCGCCAGGGCAUCCCUGCCAAGAGCCGGCUGCCCGGCUACUUGGACAAGGUCCUCAAGAAACGCAUCCUCGCCUUCCUCACCGAGAGCGGCUGGAUAUCUCGGGACGCGGCCUGAGGGACUCGGGAGGGCUGCUUCCCGCUGUUGCUCUUUUUAAAGAAAUGGAGUUCCUUUUUUAAGGCGUUGUGUCUUCUCCUGGACCUCUGCAGGAAGCGACAGUGGCAGUCCUGCAGCGGAUCCCAGGGAGAUGGGUGCGCGGUGCCCUGUUCGGAGAGUGCGCCAUGCCGAGCCCGGAUGGUGUCCCUGCGACCUUCUUCCCUUCCUGCAGAAGCUGCGGCUGAGGGUGCCAGGAGCCACAGGCUCCUCCCGAGGGCGCCAGCUCUUCUCAGGUGGGGCUGUGCUGUCCUGGCACGCGGCACUUUAGAGGCAGGCUGGGCCGGGCUGCCGCAGCGUCUGCUAGGCACCUGGGAAGCCCUCGUUUGCACACAGAUGCUGCUGCACUCCUGGCAAUGCCUGGCCCUCCCCGGUGCCCUGGCCGCCUCCCUGGGAACAUCUGGGUCCCCCUGGCCCAGGGAGGGAGGCAGAACUGAGGGGACUGCCAGGGUCCUGGGUGCCUGUUGCUGCUGUCCCUGCAGUGCAUUCUGCUUGGGAGCCCCUGUGUCCCUGGGCCCUGCACUAGCGUCCUCAGGUUUUCCCUCACAGCUGCAGGUUCCCUUUUUACUGCAAGAGCAUGACCACGCUGGCCUGGCCAAGCGAACAACUUCAGGUGUGCCUAGGCCUGCUGCCCCCCAGCCAGGCAGAGCCAUGGGCUGCAUGCACGGGGUGGGGUGAGGGCAGAGCACCUGGAAGAGUCUCCGUGCACACGCGCUGCUCCUGGCUCCCCGUGGAGUCAGAGAUGGAGAGCUCAACGCCAGGGUCCUCCGACACCUGCCUGCUAAAUCUGCAGAAGUCGCUCGCUUUCCUGCAGCUCAAGGUCCUGCUCAGACCAGGCUCCAGGGACCCUGCAGUGACCACACUGUACCCCUUCCUCCCACGCUUGGCCUGCCCCAGCCUCCUUAGGUACAAGAGCCUAGUUACCUCCAGAAUAUCUGGGCUUGAAGUUACACUGAACUGAAGUGAAAGAGAAAAGAAAAACACCUCCUCAUUCCCAAGGACUUGAUUAUGUGCCUUUUCUUUUUACAUUCUCUGUCCUGUAGGGUAAGGUUUUCAGCAUUAGAUAAAACAUUUUAGACCACUGCACGACGGGCCUGCAGCCAGGGUCAGGGAACACUUGCCUGAGCCAGUGAGCCUGGGCUUGCUCCAAGGACCAGCUCCACACUGCCCCCUGCAGGCCGAGCCAGGAGGCACUGUCUCAGCCUAGGUGUCGCACACAGUGGUGCAGUUGGGCACAUGCAAGCCUCAAAUUGGUCCAGCCCGUUCCUAGGCAGGGCAGGAACCCAAGGUGCACAGCCACUGGCCUUCCCCAACCUGGGGUCCUUGGGCUAUCUGCACCAGAGACCUAGUCUAGUGACCUGGCGAAGUUUGGGUUUAAGUCUUGUUUUUCCUACAAAGUGACAGCCUGACCUCCACUAGCUUGAGAAGCGAAGGAUCCCGUGCCCGGCCGAGGCCGAGUGCUGUCCACUGAAACCCUCAUGCUCUUGCAGGCUUGCAGUGUGGUGUGUGCAUUUCUGAUGGUAUGAAGAAUUUACUUAGGCUUGACUGUUGAAGACACCAUGAUGAAUGUAUCAUUAAUUUAUGUUGAGAUAUUAACCUUACAAGGGAAAAGCAGUUCCGGGACUGGUGCCUGUCGUCCUGCCCCAGCGGCUCUGUCCCAUCUGCUGCUGUUAGCGCAGAGCCUGAAAUGUUUCUAUUUAACUCUCACAAGGAAUUGGAUGCCACAGCCCCACAGGAUGGCACGAGGUGCACUCCCCGAACUGCACUGUCUUUGAGUCAGAAAGGUAACACCCAGGCCAGCAUUCCAAUAAUGUACUAAAGUGCAGCUGCGGCCACCAUUCCCAUUGUCCUUUUACACAUUAAAGAGGGUGAGAACAAAA